ACUUAAUUCAACUGGACCGAUUACUGUGUAACCAAAAUUAAUUAAUCCUAAUUUAAGAAUUGGGUUAAGUCAAGGUCGUUGACCAAACAAAAAAUAGUAAGACUUAGACCAUCUCCAUCAGUGGGGAUGGUGAUUUGGAGUGCUUAACAAAAAGAAAUUAAUAUUUGAAUGUGUUAAAUUUAUAUAUGUUAAUUUAAUUACUUUAAAAAAAUAUUUGCAAAUGAAAACAAAACAUUUGACACUUAUCUUUAAGUACCGGUUCCGAAAACAGAAUUUAGAGAAGCUCACCUAAUCUACCGAUGGAAAUGGGCUUAGGUCACGGUGACAUCAGAACAAUCUACUGUUCAUAAACAGUCCACUUGAGAAAAUUCAAUGACGAUUUGUCAAAUGAGUCGACCACAAAGAGAUUGAAAACAAAGUUGAAAGUCAGCUUCCGAAAAAUUAUAUCUUUCAAGACUCGAGGCCUUUAUUUUAAGACAUUCAAACAUAUUAUACGAACAAAAAAUCAAAAUGGUGAACUUAUUAGUAUCCUUCUUGUGUGUACUCAUAAGCUCUGUCUCCGCAGAUAAUUGCCGUAACAGCUCUGGCUUCUUCGCACCCGAUGGUACUUACGACUUAAACCGACGAGUCAUGCUCACUACCCUUCCUUCUAACGUCACAGCUAAUGAUGGCUUCUAUACGACGUCGGCUACAGGGCAAGAUCCGAACAGAGUAUACGGUUUAGGGAUGUGUGUCCCAGGUACUGAUGCACGAUCUUGUUCUGAUUGUAUCAUGGCGGCCUCUAAUGGGUUGGUACAGAAUUGUACUACUCAGACAGAAGCUAUAGACUGGAGGAUGCAUAGCAAUACACUGUGUCUUGUACGCUACUCAAACCGCUCGUUUUACGGAUCGCUCGAUAUGCAAAUUUUACGCUAUGAGUACAAUACAAGAGAUAUUCAACCUAACGUGACGGACUUUGACAUGACAUGGGAGGCGUUGAUGAUUGGUUUAAUACAAGAUGUUCAUGUUUCGUACUACGCUGCUGGAACACAAACGGUUGAGUCUACCAACACCAACCUUUACAGUUUUGUGCAAUGCAGUAGAGACUUAUCUCUUCAAAACUGCACCCGGUGUCUACAACAGAACGUGAUUUAUUAUAGAUCAUAUUGCUCUGGGAGCCAGGGAGGCAUUGUUUCGAGGCCGAGUUGUUUCGUUCGAUGGGAGAUUGAUACGUUCUUGGGACUUUUCGAUAACAGUCCUCCUCGUGAAAAGGAUAAGAAAAUUGUUUCUACAAGAACUAUUGUGGCAAUUGUAAUUGUUCCUAUAAUAUUGCUUGCUCUAGCAUUUGCCAUUUGGAGGAGGAUAAAAGCGUAUAAAACAUUUACGACUGAAAACGGUUAUUUCUCGUCUGCAAAGAGAUUAAAGAAGACUUAUGAUACUGCACCGCUAGAUAACGCAGUUGGGGAUGAUAUUUCAACUUCAGGUUCCCUUCAAUUCGAUUUUAAAUGUAUCGAAGCUGCAACAAGUAAGUUUCGUAAUACUAACAAGCUUGGCCAUGGUGGAUUUGGUGAAGUUUACAAGGGGACGUUUCCGAAUGGAACAGAGAUUGCUGUGAAGAGACUAUCUAAAACUUCAGGACAAGGUGAAAGAGAAUUCAAGAACGAGGUUCUUCUUGUAGCUAAACUUCAACAUAGAAAUCUUGUUAGGCUUCUUGGGUUUUGUGUCCAAGGAGAGGAAAAGAUACUAGUCUAUGAGUUUUUGCCCAACAAGAGUCUUAACUACUUCCUCUUUGGUGACUCAACAAAGAGGAGCCAAUUGGAUUGGACAAGACGAUACAAGAUCAUUGGAGGUAUCACUCGAGGGAUUUUGUAUCUUCAUCAAGAUUCGCGACUGACAAUCAUACACCGUGAUCUCAAAGCCAGCAAUAUUUUAUUAGAUGAGGAUAUGAACCCGAAAAUUGCGGAUUUUGGUAUGGCUAGGAAUUUUAGAAUGGACCAAACGGAAGAUAACACAGGAAGAGUAGUUGGAACAUUCGGUUACAUGCCUCCCGAGUAUGUGACAAGUGGACAGUUAUCCACAAAAUCUGAUGUGUAUAGCUUUGGAGUUUUGGUUUUGGAGAUUAUUGGUGGAAAAAAGAAUAGUAGCUUCAACGAGUCAGACGGCUCAAUAAGCAACUUGGUCACAUAUGUAUGGAGGCUUUGGAACAAUGAUUCAUUGCUGGAACUUGUAGAUCCGGUCAUAGGAGAUAACUAUGAUAAGUAUGAAGUCAUCAGAUGCGUCCAUAUUGGGUUAUUAUGCGUUCAAGAAAAUCCAACAGAUCGUCCGACCAUGUUGACAAUAUUUCAGAUGCUUACUCAUACUUCAGUUACUCUGCCUGUGCCUGAACCUCCUGGAUUUUUCUUCAGGGCCAGAUCAGAGAAUAUCCCAUUAGCUGAGAGCUUUCAGCCAGGUCCGUCCACUAGCAUGUCCAUUGCUUGUUCUGUAAAUGAUGUAUCAAUCACGUGUGUUAGUCCUCGUUGAAGGCCAGGCUAUUUUUUUGAAAGGACUUAAACAAACGAAGAGCUCUGUGAUAAUUUCUUCUUGUUGAUAGUCGUAACUGCUAUCCUAAUCUCGGAAGAACUGUAUCAGUAACUUACAAAUCAAAGCAUGCACAUUAAUUGCUUGAGGUAUUAGUCCUUGUUAUUGUCUUUGUAGGGAAACAGUGUUUUUUUUUUGUAACACUUAGAGAAACAAUGUUUAACUGGACAUUUUACCAGUCAUAUAUCAAUGCUUCGAAAAAGAAAAUCGAUCUCCUUAUGAACUGAAAAUGAUUCGAGUAUACCGAAGAUUAUCAUGUCUCUAAAUCUUAUAUGUAACAGUCUACAAUCAUAUUAUAUCACAUCAUUUUUUUUUUUUGAAUAGAUUUGUAUUCAACGAGGAGUUAUUUGAGUAAUGGAAGCCUCGUCUACGGAACACGUGACAACCGCAUC